AUGCGCGACAGGUACAUUCGCUGCGGCUGUAGCGGGUACCGCGAAUCGUAUCGAGAUGAGUCUGACAUAGAGCUCAUCUAUUCUGGAGAGUCGGAUGAUGCAUCCGACUCGAAGGUGAAACAUCACGCCUCUGGAUCACCCGGGGCGGACACUGCAAGAGCCAGGUUGACUGGCUCUGGUCAACGCGGUGGUAUCAUGUUCGAAAUCUUUGGAUCGAGCGACUAUUCCGACGAAUCUCCGCCUUACGCAAGUCUAUCCAACGAUAGGACGCGUGGAGAUGGCGGUGAUGCACCUAUACAUCACCACGAGCGAAGUAACUCGAGGGAUCGAGGUUUCACUGAUGUCAGUGCUCACGCAGGCAGAAAUCCAGAGGACAGGGACCGAAAUUUCCUGCGCCACGCUCCUCAAGUGGAGGAUCCUUGGAUGCCGUCAUCCAGAGAGUUGGACCGGUUAGCCGGCAUGACUACCGAAAGGGAUCAAAUCUUGUUGUUCGAUUGCAGGAAGAGUUGCCCAGCUGAUUCCAGAACGGAAACUAUCCGUGCUGAGGAAGAGUUCUUCACCGAUGCCUUUUUUAAACAUCGGUAUUACAACGGAGACCGUGGUUAA